AUGUUUGGUGACGGUAACUAUGACAUUUGGGGAACAUUGUCAAAACAAGAGAAAAGGUACAUAUAUCCCGAAGAAAGAAAAUAUUAUCAAGAGAAAAGAAAUUGGAUACCAAAUCCAUCGAAGGCUAAGGCAAAUUUAAAAGUAUCGGACAGAUCCUACAUCGCACCACAUUCUAUGUUAAAAAGACAGCAGUUACCACCAUGCAUGGAUUGCGGAUGUGGUGAACGUAACGAGGAGCCAAGAGUGGUUGGCGGUGCAGGGUCCAAUGUGAAUGCGUUUCCUUGGAUUGCUCGUCUCAUUUACUACAAGUCCUUCGGUUGUGGCGCUUCCCUCAUCAAUGAUAAAUACGUCGUGUCUGCAGCACAUUGCGUUAAGGGUUUUAUGUGGUUCUUGUUCCGUGUAACGUUCGGCGAACAUGAUCGCUGUUUGUACGAGUCUCGGCCUGAGACUCGAUACAUCGUGAAGAUGAUUGUACACAACUUCACGCUAACAGACCUCACAAAUGACAUCUCCUUGCUGCAGCUCAAUGAACCUGUGAAGUACUCACAUGCUAUCAGACCAGUCUGCUUACCUACUGUUCCAAGUGAUCAUUACCACGGCACAUUAGCGACAGUCGCAGGAUGGGGGGCUAAAGCAGAGACGGGCAACUGGUCGUGUACACUGCUGGAGGCUCAACUACCAGUUCUCAGUAACGAGGAGUGUCAGAACACCAACUAUAAUGAAUCUAAGAUCAGAGAUGUAAUGAUGUGUGCCGGUUUUCCUGCCACCGCACAUAAAGACGCUUGUACCGGUGACAGCGGUGGACCUUUAGUGGCGGAAAAUGUAGAGCAUGCAUACGAAUUAAUAGGUAUCGUGUCGUGGGGCUAUGGAUGUGCAAGAAAAGGGUUCCCUGGAGUGUACACAAGAGUCAAUAAAUAUCUAGAUUGGAUAAAAGAUAAUACACAAGACGGAUGUUAUUUGCUGGCGAAUUGUUUGGUAAAAGGCGAUGAUCCAAGGGCAAGCGAACACGACCCAUAUGCAGAGAGAUAUGGCUGCAAUUGUCGUUGUGGUGAACGUAAUGAAGCAUCCCGUAUCCUCGGUGGCGAGGAGACGAAUGUGAACGAGUUCCCGUGGGUGGCACGACUAACUUACUUCAACAAGUUCUAUUGCGGUGGUAUGGUGAUUAAUGAUCGAUAUGUACUUACUGCAGCACAUUGUGUUAAAGGCUUGAUGUGGUUUAUGAUCAAAGUGACAUUGGGGGAGCACAACCGGUGUAACGAGACUCAUCGGCCGGAGACACGUUACGUUAUAGAAGUGAUUGCUCACAACUUCACCUAUGUCACGUUCAAAGAUGACAUUGCGCUACUGCGACUAUCAGAUCGUGUGACUAUCAGUGACACUAUCAAACCUGUUUGUCUGCCGCAUAAUGAUGAAAACACCUAUGUGGGUGUUAAAGCUAUAGCGGUUGGCUGGGGCUCUAUAGGUGAACAGAAGAACCACUCCUGCUAUCUUCUAGAUGUAGAACUACCAGUGCUAAGCAAUGAGGAGUGUAGGAACACCAAGUACGAAACGUCAAUGAUAGCUGACAGCAUGCUCUGUGCAGGCUUCCCAGACAAGGGACAGAAAGAUACGUGUCAGGGAGACAGCGGAGGCCCUCUAUCGGCUGAAAGAGGAGAUAAACGAUACGAACUGCUAGGCGUGGUAUCUUGGGGCAUUGGUUGCGGUCGUGCGGGCUACCCCGGUGUGUAUACCAGGGUCACGAAGUAUUUGUACUGGAUCAAGCAUAAUGCUCGUCAAGGAUGCUUCUGUUCUGAUUGAAUAUUACUUGUAUAACUACAACACUCGAAAGGCGUCGAAUCACCCGACGAAAAUAGUUAUAUCUCUUAACGAAGUCCAUAACACUUGUGACUGUUUUUUUCGCAUGUUCUCUUAUACUAAAUGUACACUAAGGAUUUUGUGGUCACUUAAUGACUCACAGGAAAAAAAGUUUGAUAAAUUUCUAAUUUAUUUAAUUUAUUUAAAAAGGUACAAAAAUGCUCAGCAACUACAUUCAAUUAAAUACAUUGA